AUGUCCUACGACAUCGGUGCCGACUCGUGGGCUCCCUUCCGUUCAGAUCCCGACCCACCACGCUCUGCUGUCGGUGCGGCUCUCGAUCUAGAGACAGGCGUCAUUGUCGUCCAGGGAGGCUUUAUCAGGAACUUCGGUGCCCCUCUGUCGUCAGAAAUCGACAUUCUAACCUCAAAUGGAGGUAUGGCCCAGUGGGCAUGGAGAAAGGGUGCGCCAACGACGCCAUUGAGACCCAUCUUUCAGCCCAUCGUCGUCUACCUACCGACACGAAAGGCCACCCUCAUCAUUGGUGGCACCAAUUUUGAAAACAACAACAUCGCAGGACUCCAAAAACUCGACUCUGGAUACCUCGUCACCACUUCCACCGUCAAAGGUAUCACAACAGUGAGCAACGCCAUCGUCAAUCUCACAGCAUCUGAAAUGGCGGUGCCCGUGAGUCGAUUGUCGCCCUGCUAUACUGUUCUGGAAAACGGCGACCUGUUUAUGUACGGAGGAGCGACAUUCUCAAGCAGUUUAAACGAAGCCUGGAUUCUCAAUGCUGGCGACCUGUCAUGGAAGAUGAUGUCUAUCGGCCAAAACCCUACAGCAGGGCGAGCAGGAGCUACCUGUCAACGGAUAUCACCAAACCACAUCAUGUGGGUGUGGACAGCAACAUAUACACCACCGCGCCCAGGACUACCACUCGGCGCCAUCAUCGGGAUCAUCGUCGGCAGCUGUCUAUUAUUGGGCAUCGCCUUGUUCUUUGCAGGACGCACGCUCUGGAAGAGACGCAAGUCCGACACCGACAGGAAAAUCAACCGGGAUUCAGUCUCGGCACACCCACUCAUGGGCAGUGACUCGGCCCUCACGAACGACAGCAACGACCGUUUCCACAGCACCCGCAAUCUGAUCUCACCCUCACCUUCCUCAGGCCCUAUCUCCGGUAAAAUGGGAUCUGAAUUUCAUUCGGCAUCUCUGACAUCGACCAAGGACGGGAGGUCACUUCCUUUGAUGAUCAUCCCCUAUCCGGCGUCGACCACCUACAACUCCUCAUCGCUUUCAGUUGCAGGAACAGAUUCGCCCGAGCGAGGAUCGACCCCGACCUGGAACAGUUACAAGAGCAAAGGUGCCAAAUCCAAAGGGUCGCUGCCCGAGAGCGAACGGUUGCCGCAGACAAUAGCCGAUAUGCAGUACGGAUACUAUGUCAAGACAACACUACACAACAAGCAGUACGAGAAGCGGCAGAUCGAUCUCAACCGACAACAGCCUAACAAUGGACUCAACCGGAAGAUCACGUCGAACCAGUAUGCGAUCCUCAAUGACGGGUACCACGACGACAUCGAGCUGGCGACGGCGGUUUUGCAGUUGAAGGACGUGGAAAUGGGCGAGGAGUCGAUCAUGACUCCUCUGCAGUCGCUCGAGACAGGGACGAUCUUGGUGUCGAGUCAUCUGGACGAUCAAGGCAGUUAUCUUAUAUCACCGACUGGACCUACAUCGCCGAUUGGACAUACACCGCCGAUGCCGAUGAGGGGGAUUUCACAUAGGUUUAGUAAUAUCCCCUCCAAGGCCGAGUUGAACGAUGAUGACGAUGAGGAGCUCUAUCAGCCAGGUGUUGGAGGGUCGAUCACGAAGCUCAAUGCCAUCAAGGCUGCCAAAGCUAAGGCCAAGGCUGCUGAACUAUCCGGAGCAGGGGCAGCACCAGGAGCAGGACAAGGCAAAGGACAGCAGAACCAGAGCCAGAACCAAUCGCAGCAGCAGCAACAAUCGGGAAGGCGUGCGAUGCCACCAUUGUCGGAGGAACUCAUCUCGGAGGAGAGUGAAGCGCUUGCAGACAACCGCCGAGUCAGGCGGCCGUAA